UCGAUAUCGCACGCAGUCCGCUUGGAAUCCCCAAUUUUGCAAGUGGGUAAUGGCGGGAAGCUGCUCAUUCUUCUUCUCUAAUACAGCUUAAAAGCUGUAUACAAAGAACAAUAGAGAAUCCCUGGAAUCAAUCAUCCUCUACAGGCGACUGAAGAUGGCGCUUUUAAGAUCUUCCCACUUCAUUGCCUUGGCCAAGUUCCCUAUCCACUCUCUCCUCCCCUCUUUCAAACCCCAGAGUGGUAGAAGAGAACCAGCCACUGGGUUCGCCGCCGCUGCUGCUCAAAGCUGCAAUCUAUCGUCGGCAGCUGAUGUAUCAGAAUUUGAACGUGAUGAACCCCAUGAUGAUAGUAAAACGGUGGAAAAACAUAAGGCCCUUAGUUCAGCACUGUCACAACUUGCUGGUGAUUUUGGUAGAGAAUCCAUGUUGUCUUUGCAGCGAUUUUUUGGUUCAAGACGUUUGCCUGUCAUAUCAACUGGAUCGUUAAGGCUCGAUAUGGCACUUGGAGUGGGUGGACUUCCAAAGGGGAGGAUGGUUGAAAUUUUUGGCCAAGAAGCAUCAGGCAAGACAACACUUGCUUUACACAUUAUCAAGGAAGCCCAGAAGCUUGGAGGUUAUUGUGCGUAUCUUGAUGUGGAGAAUGCGAUGAACCCUUCCCUACUGGAAUCCAUGGGUGUAGAUACAGAAAACCUCCUUAUAUCCCAACCAGAUUCUGCUGAAAAUUUGUUGUGCAUGGUUGACACAUUGGUCAAAAGUGGAUCCAUUGAUGUAAUAGUAAUUGACAGUGUAGCUGCUCUUAUUCCUGGGAAGUGCAUAGAUGCACUUGCAGGUGAAGAUUACAAGAUCUCACAAUCACGAAUUAUGACACAAGCCUUACGUAAAAUUCAGUCUUCAUUAUGCAACUUUGAAACUCUUGUCAUAUUUAUUAAUCAGGUGAGAUCAAAGGUGACAUCCAAUAAGGGUUUUAAACAUGCUGAGAUAGUAACUUGCGGUGGAAACGCCUUGCCAUUUUAUGCAGCUGUGAGAUUGAGAAUUUUCAGAACAGGGUUGCUCAAGAUGAACGAUGAGGUUACAGGAGUAAAGAUCAAUGUUCAAGUGGUGAAGAACAAGUUGGCUCCUCCUAUGAAGAAAGCUGAUAUAGAGAUAUUGUUUGGAAAAGGAAUUUGCUGUGUAUCUGAGGUCUUGGAACUGGCUAGUGAAUAUAGUGUAAUUUCAAGAGAAAAUGGCCAUUACUUAAUGGACGGGCGUGUUUUUAGAACUAAACAAGAAGCUGAAGGCUACUUGGUUGAAAACAGUGUCCGGCUAGAGGAAAUGGUAAAAUCGUUAAGAACCCUUCUUUUUUCGGAAAUCAAAUGAUAAAGUUCGAGGUCUGAAAAUUUGGUAGGAAAGAUUCCAUCGAAAAUUUACUGGAAAAAUGCUUCUUUCUUCAGAAAUUUUAAAUUGUUCUUCGGUUGAAGAGCUCUGUCCAGUGAGAAGCUAUAAGAAUAAUGUGAAAUUGGUUUUGCAUUAUGAUAUUUGGAUGUUCAUGCUGUAAUCUGCAGAUUAGGUAAGUCCUAAAAAAUUGCUCCCUUUUUACUUUUUCUUUAUGUAGAUUUCUUAGUGAACUUAAUCUCGAUCGAACCUUAUGGACACAAGUUUAGGGAAAAUUAGAAUCUCAGUUAUUGAUUGGUUGGUUUUGGUUUAUUUGCAUAAUGUAAGUUAUAACUUUGUAUGCAGACACAUUUGUAUUUCUGUUUGACAAAGUUUCUAUGUGAUAUAUAUAUUUUUAAAACUUAGU